GGAGCCCCGACUGCUUUCCGAUGCCUGGCAAAAUCGCGCCGCGCGCAUGAGCGGUUUGGACUCCUGUCGGUUGAUGGAACGAUUGUGACUUGGAACCAUGGACAGAAGGAAAGAUGCAGACAAGCAGCUGGACCCUCCUGCUGCGUUCAGAGCUCCAAGGCCAACAGAACCAAGGAGAUUGAUCCCGCCUUCACAUUUCAAGAGCCGGUCAACACCUCCUCUACCAGUGCCUACAGCAGUACCCUGGAGUGCCACAACUCUCCCUAACUGGGAGGCAGCUGAACUCAAGCGAGAAAACCAGCAAUUGAAGGAUGAACUCUAUAGAUUGGCCACAAAGGGAGAUCAGUCAGAAGAAACUGGAAGCAGACCCAGGUCCCUGGAUCGAGAAGCGGAGCCCUCAAAUGCGCGUCACACGCUCGUCGUGUCUCAACAGGCAGAGAUCAUCUCCCACCAGCUGCACGAGAUCCAGCGACUGGAGGCCGAGCUUGCUGCCCUGCGGGUUGCCUCCGUCCAGCAGAAGGCAGCAGCGGCCGUUCGGGAGAAUGCCCUCUCCUGCCUCCAAGGAGAACUGACAGAGCUCCAAAGUCAGAGCCUGGCCGAGGUUGCCGCCUUGAAAACAGAGCUGGAAGGGGUCAGGAGGAGCAGCAAAGUGGAAACGGAGGCUCUGAGGGAAGAGCUGGAGGAGCUGAGGAGUCGGAGUCGGUUGGAAGCCGAUUCUCUGAGGGAGCAGCUAGAGGAGACCAAGGCAAGGCACGGGCAAGAAAUGGGACUGGCCCGGGGAGAGCUGCAGGGGGUGCUCGAAGAGGCAGACGCUGAGCGGAAGAGGCAGGAGGUGAGGGGUCAGGAGAGCCGAUGGGUGGCCCUCAAAGAGCACCAGACAGAGUUAUCUAGGAUCUCUGAAGUCCACCAGGCUGAAGUGACCUCCCUGAAGCAACAGCUGUGUGCGCUCCAAGGAGAUUUGGAAGCUCAGCAUAAGGAGGCUGUCGAAUUAAGAGAGAAGAAUGAUGCUCUCCAGAACCAGCUCAGCGUGGCUGAGGCAGAGCUGGCUUCCCAGAAUGCUUUGGUGCUGCAGCUGAAGACCUAUGUUGGGGAGCAGACAUCAAGGCAGCCCAGCUCUGAGCAGGAGCAUCUGAUAAGUAGAGUUCAGCAACUGGAAGAUGAGAAGGAUGCCUUGAAAAUCACUGCUGAGUUUCUGCAGGUUCGUCUCACUUCCCUCAGUGAUAUCCUGACCCUACAGGAGACAGAGCUCAGCAAGAAGGUGCAACUCUGGGACCCUCUUCAGCCUGAGUCAUUGCAGAAACAUCAGGGCCUGCUGACCCGGUGGCGGGAGAAAGUCUUUUCUCUGCUGGUGCAGCUGAAAUCUCAGGAGAUUAGCCACAGGGAUGCCUCUAAACUGCUAGAAAGGAAGGUAAAAGACCUAGAAGAAGAAGUGGACUCUAGAGAACAGAAGGUGGCGCUUUUGUUCCACAGCCUAGAGGACAAGACUGCGGAAGUGAAUGUGGAACGAGUGAGAAACAAGACUCUGCAGGCCGAGGCAUUGCGCUCAAACGAGCAAGCACAGAAUCUGCGACAGAGGGCCGAGGCUGGGGAAAAUGCCCUUCGAGGACUGUGGGAUUUUGUCAGCAGGCUAAGAGAGCAGCUGGUAGAACAGGAAGAAGCAUGGAAGGCAGCCGUGUCACGCCUGGGGGGACUGGGAAACCGAGUCGCUUUUGCAGCCAAGAGGGUCGACACCAUCCAAGGUCUGGUGUGCCAGAAAGUAGCACUAGCUAAACUUCAGCAAGUGGAGAAACCUAGCACUGUGAGAUCAGACCAGGAGAAGAUUCAGCCAUCUUACGAAGACCUGCAAGCUGAGUUGCAGAUGCUGCACGAAGAACGGGACCACCUCUCAGCGGAGCUUAAACGCGGGGCUCAAUUCAUAGAGAAGAAGGUGGCUGACGCGAGAGAAAGAGCGGAGUCAGACCUCAAGGAAAUGAGGGAGGCCUUGCAGAGCCUGCAGGAGGCCCUCGGAGUGAAGGCAGCGGCAGAGCAGGCCCUGAGACAACAGCAGGAGGCUGCGGAGAGGCAGCUGGAGGCCGCAUCCAGUGAGCUGCGGAGGAGUGAGGAGGCUGCAGAGACUUUGAGGCAGGAGCUGGGGCAGUUAAGAGAGGAGUAUGACAGAGCCCUGCAGGAGAAGGUAACCGAAGUUGAAACGCAGCUGCGCAAGGAUCUGUCAGAAAUGGAAAAAAGGCUCAACGAAGCACGCAGGGAGCACACCAAGGCAGUGGUUGCCCUACGCCAGGCCGAGCGACAGGCAGCGAGAGACAAAGCUCGCAGCGAGGAGCUGGCCAAGAUGCAAGAAUCUGCAACACAGCAAGAAAUUGAACGCCUUGAAGGACAUCUGCGGGAGCUUGAGAGGGACAAGAACCUGCUGAUGGCCACCUUGAGGCAGGAAGGGCUCAUGGCCCAGCAUCGGCAGAAUCGAUUGGCAGUGGUCCGGUGCCCAACCGAGUCUGCUGGGAAGACGGAGACUAAGCCUCCCACUAAAGAGUCCCUUUUUUCUGUGCUGGAUGACCUGCAGGUGCUAGGCGCUGCGAUCUUAGGUGACGAGGAGGCAGACAAAGAUGGAGACACCCAUGCUGGCACCUAACCACAGUUUUUGAAGGAAAAUCUACUUGGGGAAGCCAGGAUGUGGGAGUGGAUAGACUGAUAUUUGUAAAUAAAAAUUAUUUAA